AUCUGAGAAGUAUCCGACAUGGCUGCCAAGAUCCUGUUCACUCUGCUGCUCCUUUUCGUUGCGUUCGAGCUUAGCUCCCAGUGCCAAUCUAGCACCAACAUUAAGAAUGGCUGCGAGGUGGUCGUGAACACGAAUCCAUGUUGCCGGGGAAAGAAAUUGAUACAUCAAUGCGCCUGCGAUUUUACCUGCUCGGAAUGGGACAAGCCCUGCAAUUGGGUGUACACCUGUGAUGAGGAGAUUAAGAUUAUUAACGAUGUCCGUCGGUCUAAGAACAAGCUAA